AUGAUGAAGAGUCCUCGGUCUCCGUAUUCUUCUUCCGAACGAGGCGGAGUCUUUGCCUUGCUCUUUCGGUUCUCCCAGACGAUGAUGUUCUUGCUUGGGUUGACCUACACCAUUAUCGUGCUCAUGCCACUGCUUCAGCGUCAAAAUGCCAUUCUGCAGGGCAAUCUCAGUAGUUCAUCAACAGCAGCAUCAUCUACACUGUCAUUGCUAGAAGGAUUCCAAUGGAAAAGCCCCCAAAACAACCAAAGCUGUGACAGCCAUCACCACCACACUACACCCACUUCUAUUGUCAUCCCGCACAACCCCAAUCGCACCAUUACACUGGUCCAUGUUGGCAAGGCGGGUGGUGUCAGUUUGCGUCGCAUGACGGUCAUUUUCUGCAAACUAUUCUUUACCCGCAAAAAGCACUACACACCCGAAACAGUCGCUCGAAAGUUUGAAAAAUGCGUCGAUUUGCAAUUUGCCAAUUCCACCGCCUUGGCCCAUUUGACCAAACAUUACUUUCAUUUGGAGGAGUAUUCCACACAAGAAUUGGAAGAAUCCACCUCCUUUUUGGUCACACUCCGAAAUCCCGUCGAUCGCAUCAUUUCGGCGUACCGCUUUAGCCAUCCGGGUAACUGCAACGACGGCAAUCGCAACGAAAUAUGGCAUCCCCGUGGCUGUGAAGCCGAAAAACAUCGGGAUCAACCGGGGCUGAUUCAAAACCGAAUUCUCUACGAUUGUUUUCCUUCGCCGGCCAUGGAAGAAUUCGCCCAAGCCAUUUUACGACCGUGGCGACGAGGGACAUUCGGACCCAACUUGACCAAGGACGAACGACGCGAAUGCCGUUGGCUCGCACGAGAAAUGGUGCAGGGAUCGGGAACCUGGGGAUCCGGACCGCACAUGUUGUACAAUUAUGCCUUUUAUGCGCAACGGAGUAUUUGGAAAUACCCAACCAAGGAAGUGUUUGGGGUCAGAACCGAACACGAAUUGGAAGAUAUCGUGGCGUUGGACGCACUGUUGGGAGGCAAUGGGCAAUUUCGCGAAAAUGCCGAAGUCUCGCAUGGCAGUGAGGGAUAUGUCGCAUCACCCCUGUCGACCGAAGCAUACCAGAAACUAUGUUGUGUGUUGGAAAUGGAAAUUGAUGUCUAUCAAGAUUUAUUACAGCGAGUUCUGAAUCUCAACCAAACCGCCAAGCAAGAGACUGUGGACAGCUUGCGACACAAGUGCGGAAUUACGACGACGUGGACAGAAUGGAGAGUCAUGUGUCGCAAGAAACUAAAAAAGGACCUGAGGGUGUUGAAGCCAUCGCUCGUGGUCAACGAAACCAAAUUGGUGCGGGUAAGAGACGACGGUCCGCAACAGGGGGGUCCACUGUAA